AUGCAAUUCGACCUUGAAUCUUCAACAGGCUCACAUAUGGGACUCGAGCACGAAGAUGGAGGGCCGGCGCAUCAUCCACCGCAGGACGAGGCCACAUUCCCAAUCACGUACCAUGACAAGUAUGUGAUCCACUACGAUUUCUCUGAAACCACCCAAGAUGAGGCUAUUGAGAAGCUCAAGACCCUUUGCGAGGACCUACACGGGGCUGGCCUCGAGGUGGAGGUCCGGCCGGGCAACGGCCAGUCGCUGCUGGUGUUCGCGAGAGCCCGCAAGGAGCACCUCGACUCGACCGUCUUCAAGUCCCGCGUCAAGGACUGGCUCUGGGAGAUCACCCGGCUGCAGCCUCCCACUGGCAAGGAAGGCCCUCUGAUCGACGACGCCUUCGAGGCCGAGUAUGUGCUGUCCAUGUACCACCUGGUCAACUGGUCCCAGGAAAUUGGGGGCGCUGGCAUCACCCCCGGCAGCGGCAAGUGGGAGUGUGUCAAGUCCAUUUUCCCCAUCCACAACGAGCCAGCCAACAGUGCCUUGCUCCGCCAUCUGAGCAAGAAGCUCUUCCUCGAGGAUGACGAUCUUGACUCCAUUAGGAACCUCUUCGGGAGCAAGGUCGCAUUUUAUUUCGCCUUUAUGCAGACGUAUACGGCGUUCCUCUUCUUCCCUGCCAUCACAGGCUUCCUCGCUUGGAUGUUCCUACCCAAGUACUCACUCAUGUACGCUAUUCUCAUGCUAUUCGGCUGCACCGUCUUUCUGGAAUACUGGAAGAUCCGUCAGACCGACCUGAGCAUCCGGUGGGACGUCAGGGGGGUCGGAUCACUCAAGGUCAGCCGGCCGAGUUUCCGGUAUGAAAGCGUUGUCGUGGACGCCGUGGGCCGGACAAAGCACAUCUACCCCAAGUGGAAGGCAAUCGCGCGGCAGAUGGUGCAGAUCCCAUUCUUCGUCGUGUCACUGGUCGUCCUUGGAUCCAUCAUCGCCGUCGUUUUCGCCAUUGAGGUCCUGGUAUCAGAGGCUUAUGACGGCCCAUACCAAGGAUGGCUGGAGUACCUGCCGACGGUCCUCCUCGCCGUGUCGCUUCCUUACAUCAACACGUUCCUGGAAGACAUGGCAGAGUGGCUGGCCGAGUUCGAGAACCACCGAACGAGCGACAACUUCGACGUCUCGCUCACGCAGAAGCGCUUCGUCCUGAGCUUCAUCGCCAACUACCUGCCCAUACUGCUGACGGCGUUCGUCUACAUCCCCAUGGGCGACCUCAUCGUGCCGCAGCUCAGGGACAUGUUGCGCAGGAUGCUCGGCCGCGGCACCGACUCGACGCUGAUCCACAUCGCGGCCGACUUCAGGAGCGACCCGGACCGCCUCCGCAACGAGAUCAUCGCCAUGACCAUGACGGGCCAGUUCUCGGACAUGUUCGAGGAGCUGAUCCUGCCCUUCAUCAAGAUCCGGCUCAGGGACUGGUGGCACCAGCGGCAGUCCACGGCGAAGCCGACCUCGCACCGCCGCUCCCUGUCCGCCGUCGUCGCCGACGACCCGACCGAGGCGGCGUUCCUGCGGCAGGUGCGGCACCAGGCCGACCUGGAGCCGUACAACGUGCAGGACGACAUCUCGGAGAUGGCGAUCCAGUUCGGGCACCUGGCGCUGUUCGCGCCGGCGUGGCCGCUGGUGUCGGUCGGGUUCCUGGUCAACAACUGGAUCGAGCUGCGGUCCGACUUCCUCAAGCUGUGCACGCAGCACCAGCGGCCGCACCCGGUGCGCACCGACGGCAUCGGCCCCUGGAUCGGGGCGCUGGACGCGCUUGCGUGGCUGGGCAGCAUCUCGACGGCGGCCAUCGUGCACAUGUUCUCGGGCGGCACCAGCUUCGAGGGCAAGGCGGCGUCGUUGCUGGGCCUGCUGGUGACGGUGUUUGUCAGCGAGCACAUCUAUUUGAUGCUGCGCGUGCUGGUGCACAUCGUGCUGCAGCGCCUCGUCGGCAGCCAGCAGCUGCGCCGGGAGAAGAACGAACGCUACGCCUUCCGCAAGCGCCACCUCGACGAGCUCGAGGCCCAGAGCAAGCUGCGCGACGCGCUGCUGCUCAGCACCGGAGGCGGCGUGGAGCUGCGCCGCAAGAGGAGCGAUGCCCGCAUGGCGGACCUGGACAAGUUCUGGACGAAACAGGCCUUGGUUGGCAAGAGCGAGGAGAUCGGCGCAGCCUUGAUCCGGGCUGCGGGAUCCGCCGGGGAGAAGACCGACGGUGAGGUGAAGAAGGACUGA